AGGAGAGGAGGAAGGAGAAACUCCCGUCUCACUUGAUCUCAAAGGAUCUGAGCUGGGGCGCUGCACAGGGACCGGGCAAUAUCCUGAGCAAUCUCAUGACCUUCAGCAAGGAAUUCUAGCCCAGCCCCACAGAGCUCUAACCCAGAGGCAACCCCGAUAGAUAUCCAUAUGUUUGGGAAAAGAUAGUGAUUGCAUACGGAGGUGACGAACUACUGACCCCAAAGAGAACAUGAGUAUGUUGAAACCGAGCGGGCUUAAAGCCCCCACCAAGAUCAGCAAACUUGGAAGCGUGCUCGUGAAAACAGCUGCCCACUCUUCUUCGGUUUCAGCCCCACCAGAAAAGACCCCGGCCAGCGAGAAGCCUUCAGCUGCAGCCCCCUCGGAAGCCCAGGAUGAGUUUGUGGAUGACUUCAGAAUCGGGGAGCGUAUCUGGGUCAACGGGAAUAAGCCUGGUUUCAUCCAGUUCUUGGGAGAAACGCAGUUUGCUCCGGGUCAGUGGGCAGGGAUUGUUUUGGAUGAGGCCAUUGGCAAGAAUGACGGCUCGGUGGCCGGCGUGAGGUACUUCCAGUGUGAACCGUUGCGGGGAAUUUUCACGAGGCCCUCCAAGCUAACGCGGAAGGUGGUUUCAGAGGAUGAAGCCAACGGGACCCAGGCGUCUUAUGCAUCUCGAACCACGUCACCGACCUCCACAUCUGCAGCCAGCCUCGUGUCUUCUCCUUCUGCAGCGGCACAUCUGCCUCCCACCGGCAUUCCUCAGAAGACCUCUCCUCCAGCCGCCAAGGAGCCCCCCAUUUCUCAAAUCAGCAACCUCUCUAAAACCACCAGUGAGUCCAUUUCGAACCUUUCGGAAGCUGGCUCCCUGAAGAAAGGCGAAAGAGAACUCAAAAUGGGAGACAGAGUGUUGGUUGGGGGAACAAAAGCCGGCGUGGUGCGUUUCCUGGGGGAAACGGAUUUUGCGAAGGGGGAGUGGUGCGGCGUUGAAUUGGAUGAACCUCUGGGCAAGAACGACGGCGCCGUGGCGGGAACGAGAUACUUCCAGUGCCAGUCCAAAUACGGCCUGUUUGCUCCAGUGCACAAAGUCACCAAGAUUGGCUUCCCGUCGACCACCCCAGCGAAGGCCAAGCCUGCUGUCCGGAAGGUCCUCCCCACGCCGACGAGUUUGAAACGCAGCCCGAGUGCCUCUUCCCUCAGUUCCCUGAGCUCCGUGGCCUCUUCCGUAAGCAGCAAGCCGAGCCGUGCAGGACUAUUGACAGAGACAUCCUCUCGCUAUGCACGGAAGAUUUCGGGCACCACGGCGCUGCAGGAGGCGCUGAAAGAGAAGCAGCAGCACAUCGAGCAGCUCCUGGCCGAGCGGGAUUUGGAGAGGGCGGAGGUGGCCAAGGCCACCAGCCAUGUUGGGGAGAUAGAGCAGCAGCUUGCGUUGGCGCGGGAUGGACACGAUCAGCGAAUCCUGGAAAUGGAAACCAAGAUGGACCAGCUGCGGGCCUUGGUGGAAGCUGCUGAUAGAGAAAAAGUGGAGCUGCUGAACCAGUUGGAGGAAGAAAGGAGGAAGGUUGAAGAUCUCCAGUUCCGGGUAGAAGAAGAAUCCAUCACUAAAGGCGAUUUAGAGCCAAAGAGACAGAUUUCUGAAGAUCCUGAAAAUACGCAGACGAAACUGGAACACGCCCGCCUUAAGGAGCUUGAGCAGAGUCUUCUCUUUGAAAAGACCAAAGCUGAGAAACUCCAGAGGGAGUUAGAAGACACUAGGGUUGCCACGGUGUCAGAAAAAUCUCGAAUCAUGGAACUGGAAAGAGAUCUAGUAUUGCGGGAGAAGGAAGUCGCUGAGCUGCGGUCAAGAUUAGAGUCCGGUAAACUGGUGAGCGACGUGGACACAUCUCUCCCACUGCUGCAGGAGAUCAGCACCCUGCAAGAGAAGAUGGCAUCGAUAAACAAGGAGCAUCAGGAGGAGGUGAAGUCACUGCGGGAAAAACUUGAGAUCAGUGAAGAAUCCUUCCAGAAGGAAAUCAAAACCCUGUUGUCAUCCAAUGAAAAAAUGGCAAAGGAGAACAACUCCUUGAAAGCCAUGCUGGAUUCUGCACACACAGAGAACUCAGACGCGAUCGAACUGUGGAAGUCUAAGCUGGAGUCUGCGGUUGCUUCUCAUCAGCAAGCGAUGGAAGAGCUGAAGGCCUCUUUCAGCAAAGGAGCUGGGAUUCAGGCAGCUGAAUUUGCAGAGCUCAAGGUGGAGAUUGAGAAGAUGAGAGAUCAGCAUCAGAAUGAUACAUCCAACUUGACACUGAAGCAAGAGAGUGAGAGGUUGUGUCUCCUGAAGGAGAUCGAAGCCCUGAACAAGACGCUGCUGGAGGUCACAGAAGAGAAGGAACGAAGUCUGGAGGCCCUGAAGACCAAACUGGAAAGUGCAGAAGAUCAGCACCUGGUGGAAAUGGAAGACACCCUUAACAAGCUGCAUGAAUCUGAAGUAAAGGUAAAGGAGCUAGAAGGAUUCCAGGAGAAGUGCGUGGAGCAAGCGAAGGCCAUUGAUAGCUUUAAAGCAAAGAUCAGAGCCACUGAAGCAAAGCUCAUGAAACUUGAUGCCCUUCAGAUGGCCCAUUCUGAAGGCAAACUGGAGUUGGGGAACCUUAGCAAGGAACUUGAGGCCGCCAGAAAAAAGUUACAGAGUUUAGAGAAUGACAGAAAUAAUGAAAGUAGCCAGGCUGUUAGCCUAGUCAAAGAACUGCAGGCGAAAGAGCAAAAGCUGCUUGAUCUUGAGAACCACUUGGGUGCAGUCAACCAACUUAAAGGUUCUUUGGAAAAGGAGCUGGAAGACUUGAAAGAAAAAUUCACUAAGGCUGCUGAUGAGGCAGGAAGUGUACAGAAAUCUAUGCAAGAAACUCUUGAAAAACUAAACCAAAAAGAGCAGCAGUUUGCACACAUGUCAAGUGAACUAGAUCAGCUGAGAUCUAACUUAACAGCCAUGGACAAGUUGCUGAGAGAGAGAGAAGCCAGAGAACAGCAGCUGGUGGAGGCCAAAACCAAACUUGAAAAUGAUGUAGCCGAAAUCGUAAAGUCUUCGGGAGACAGCUCCUUCCAGCUUACCAAGAUGAAUGAUGCCCUGCGACUGAAAGAGAAGCAAGUGGAAGAACUUCAGCUGCAGCUCAACAAGGUCAACGCUGGGACCGCUCAGUUGCAGGAAAAUUUGGAGCAGGUGGCCCGCCAGGCUGAAAAAAGGCAGGAGGAAAUGCACAUGCAGCAUCAGGACGAACAGCAAAAGAUGCAGAACAAAGUAGAUGCCCUGGAGAAGAAGAUGGCGGCUAAUCAAGACCGGUAUAAAAGUCUGCAAGUGGCCAAUGAAAAAAUGCAAUCUGAAGUGGACGCUGAGCAUGAUGCAGCCAUCAAGGAACUAAAACAGGAGCUUCAGAAGAAGGACCAGCUGCUAGCGACUGCACAGAAGACAAACAGCGACUUAGAAAAACAGGCCAAGGAACUGAAGAAGGAAGCUGAGCAUGCAAAGUCUUUAACCUCUAUGUUAGCAACAGCCAGAAAAGAGAUUGAACUAAUGUCAGACGAGAUGAGGGCUUUGAUAUCAGAGAAGGAAAUCUUGGCCCAGGAGGGGAAUGCUUUAAAGUUAGAAAAAGGUUCCUUGUUAUCAAAGCUGGUAGACUUGGAGUCCAAGAUUGGGCUGUUGAAACAAGAUCAGGAAAAGCUUUGGACGGUGAACGAAGAGCUUAAUCUGGAGAACAAAAAAAACGUGAAGGAAAAGCAGGAAGCUGAGAACAAAACCCAACAGGAGAAAGCGAAGAACGAUGAACUUCUUUCCGAGAAAGGAAAGUUGCUGCUGGAGGUGGAGGCCGCCCAGGAUGACCUUCUGAAGAUAACCAGAGAGAACGACGUUCUACGUACUUCGAAGGCAGCUCUCCUCCGUCAGGUGGAUGAGCUUCAAACCCACCGCAAAGCCUUGGCCCUGGAGUGCCAGAAGCACAUCAGCCAAAGGGAGGAACUGGAGGAUUGUCAGAGAAAGCUCUCUGAGGAAAAUGCUGCUCUCCUCAAAGAUAAGGAUGACGUCAUUCAGAAGCUGAAGAGCUCUUACGAAGACAUGGCCCGGGACCAGAAAGAGCUGCUUCAGGAAAUAACCACCUUGGCUGCCGAGAGGGAUUCACUCUUGGGCAAACAUUUGGAUCUGGAGAACAAGCACGUGGCUUUGAAAAGGGAGUGGGACAGCGUGCUGCAGGCCAGCCAGGAUCUGCAGUCAGACAAGGAGGCUCUCUCGAAAGCACAGCAGGAGCUGCACAGAAGGUUAGAGCAGGCUCUGAGCGAAAAGCAGAAGCUCGGGUUGAAAAGCGCAGCCCUGCAGUCUGAGCUCGAGUUGUCAGAUAAACAGCUUAAAAAGGUCACCAAAGACAAGGGCCAACUGGAGGCCUCUCAUGCCAGCCUCACAAAACUCCUGGAAGAGAUCAAGGCCAGCAGGGCGUCCACAGACUCCGAGCUCAUUCAGCUGCUGCAGGAGAAGGAAGCCUUGACCUCCUCCGAGAGAAGACUUCUGGGCGAGAGGGAAGAACUUCUGAACGAAAACAAAAACCUGUCGGAGGAGCUGGCGAAAACGUCUGAAGAAGCUGCCCUCACUGGGAAGGCCUUGAACGAGAGGCUAAGCCAGCUGAGCGCGGAGAAGGAGGUGGCCUCUCAGAAGUCUUCCAGGCUCAAGAAGCAGAACGAGAGCCUUGCGAAGGAAAAGGCCGUUUUGGAAGCCAGGGGUGCCGAGCUUCUUGCAGAGAAGCAGUCUGCUGCCAGAGCCCUGUGCGAACUGAAGAAGAAGCACGAGUUAGACAUUUCCGCAAAGAGGAUGCUGACCCAGGACAAGGCCAGGCUGCAGGGUAGUGCCGAGACCCUGAAGCGAGAGCUUGACCAGAAAGUAGAAGAGAACCAGCAGCUUGUCCAUCACAAAGGCGAGCUGUCCAAAAUCUUGAAAGAGACCCAGAGUGCCAAAACGGUGCUGGAAAACGAAUACUCUGCCUUGCUCCAUGCUAAGCAACUCCUGGCAGCUUCGCUUAAGAGCAGUUCUUCCGAGAAGGAAAUGCUGAGCAAAGAAAAGGUCCAGCUGCAAGAAGAAUGCCAGAAGUUGAGUAAAGAGCUCAGAACCGUCUUCCACAACCUGGCCGUAGAGCGGGAAGGCCGCGCGACGGAGAAGGAGUCUUUUCUGGCAGAGGACGCUCGCCUCCGUAACGCCCUCAGUCGCUUGGAGAGAGAGCGAGAACAGCUGGCCUUGAAAGGCAAAGAGGUAUUGGUAGAAAGGGAUCGACUGAAGCAGGAGAAAUUAAGGAGCGAAUCCAAGCUGGAAGAAAUUAUGAAGGAAAAGGAGGUCCUCAGCGCCGAGACCGACACGCUCGCGUCCAGCAUCGAGAAGUCGAAGGAGGAGUUUGCGGCCCUGGCCACGUCAAAAGCGGAGCUGCAGGAACUGCACAGCGGCGUCUCCAAGAUCCUGGAGGACCUCCGGGCCAGGCACGAGUUAAGCGGAUUGGAGCGGGACAAGCUGCUUCAGGAGAACGAGGUUCUGCUUUCCGAGCAGAAGCACCUCGUCGCGAUAAAGGAAGAAAUCCUGAAGGAGAAAGCGAGGUUCUCCGAGGUCUACCGCGAGCUGCACGAGGAGAUAACGCUGCUAGCCCAGGCCAACAGCGAGACGUCCGCCGGCCUUUUGGCGUCUCAGAACAAGAGCCAGGCCCUUCAAAGGGAAAAGGACGCGCUUGUCUUGAAGCUGGAAGAGAUUGAGCGUCUGCAGGCGCAGGCAGUAAUGCAAAGAUUUGAGACUGCAAAAACGGCAGAAGAUGCUUUGCAGAUUGUUGAGCAAGUGACCAAAGAGAAAGAGAUCCUAAGUAAAGAGAAAAUGGAAUCCUUGGCCUCCUUAGAAGACUCCAAGCAGGUCAAUCAAAAGCUGAAAAAGGAGUUGGACACUCUUAAAGAAAGCCACUUAAAGAACCAAGAGGACCUUACCAAGUCUCAGGAACGUCUUAACGCUGAGAGCAAAAGACUGGAAGAAGUUAGAAAAGAACUAGAAGUGCUAAAACUGGCAGAAGUGGAGAGAUCCCAUCAGCUCGCCGUCUUGCAAGAAGAGAACGUGAAACUUACUGAACAGCUGGGGAAAGGCGAAUUGGCGGGCCAACAGAAGCUGGAAGAAGAGAGAUCUGUCCUCAAUAACCAGUUGCUGGAGAUGAAAAAGAGAGAAGCCAAGUUUAAAAAAGAGAAUGAUGAAGAGAGAGCUUCAUUACAGAAAUCCAUCAGUGUUACUAGUGCCUUGAUUACAGAGAGAGAUGAAGAGCUGGGAAAACUCAGAAAUGAGGUCACGGUGCUCCGUGGAGAGAAUGCCACGGCAAGGAAUUUGCAUUCUGUAGUUCAGUCCCUGGAGUCCGAUAAGUUUAAACUUGAGAUAAAAGUAAAGAAUCUGGAGCAGAAGCUCAAAGAGAGCCAGAAAGGCCCUUCAGAUGAUUCGUCUGGUGGCGACCUCCCGAGGGAAGAUGCCCAAGAGAGCCAGAUUGACUUCCUAAAUUCGGUAAUUGUGGAUCUUCAAAGGAAAAAUGAGGAACUGAAAUUGAAAGUGGAAAUGAUGUCCGAGGCAGCUCUCAAUGGCAAUGAGGAAGAAGUUACUACUUAUGACAGCGAGGAAGACAGCCAGGUCAAGAAGAAGCCUCGCCUUUUCUGCGACAUUUGCGACUGUUUUGACCUCCAUGACACCGAAGACUGUCCCACCCAAGCCCAGGCGCCCGAGGAACCUCUCCACUCGACAUACCACGGCAGUCGGACAGAGGAGCGCCCGUACUGCGAAAUCUGCGAGGUGUUUGGACACUGGGCCACCAACUGCAAUGACGACGAGACCUUCUGAGGCGGGACAGGACCCGGGAAGAGGAACGUUGCUCUGGGUGCUAGUUGGACCUCGUCCACCACCAGCACCCGAGGGUGCUGCCAUCAGGAGAGGAGACAAGAGCACCGUCGCUCUUCCCUCCCAGAAUUCCUUGCAGCAGCCACCCAGCGUAGAAAGAUGGAGUCAGUCUGGUCUUCCACAGCAAGAGAUUUUAUUCUGCCCUUCUUAAGCUGAAAUUAAAAAUAAAUCAUUUAACAGGCAGAGUGCUGCCAUUUUUCAUUUCCAACUUCUGGGUUUGCAUCCUCUUUCGAGAGAGACUUCCCUCUGGUCAUGUUGCUUACUUUGGGGGGUGGGAGGGAGGAGAAGAUGGGGGGGUGUCAAACCGACAAGCACUAGUUCUAUUUUAGCUAAUUUAAAGAUCUUUGGAAUUAUGCUGUUAAUUUUCGUAUUUGCACUAAGCCCUCCAAGCAGCGGUUGUAUGUUUUUAGAUUUUGUACGUUCUGACACUGGAAUGGGUUCAAGAGGCGAGCUUUUUUUUUUCUUUUCUCUCUCUCCCAAUGUUGUUUUUCCCCCUCGGCUUUGUGAUCUGUGGAUCCACAAACACGCGUGAGCCGGCUUUCGUGUGCUACCUGGCGCGGGACCUGGAGUAGUGCCUUCCUUUCUGCAAGAUUUCUUAACGGCUUGAAAUUUUGUCGAGGCAAAACUAUCAAGAAGCAGGUCAGCCGCUGCAGGGACAUUUUUUUUUUCCUAACGAAACCUCUUCGGCUGUGCACUUGGGAAAUCCCUCCACAUUUUUUCAGCUUCUGUAGAGUUGUACAUAAGUACAUAUAUAAAUAUAUUUAAGAAAAAGAUUUAUAUUUUGGAAAGCUACCUUACGGUCUUUAGUGCUUCUGUUCGGAAUUCAGAGGGCUUUGGGGCACAGCACCGUGAUUUGAUUUAAUGACUUUAAAUAUCCUCAAGCUUGGGAGACUUUUUUUCUGACAGGGAUUUUUUUUGUGGGGGGGGGUUGCAUGUACCAAAAAGGAAAAAAAAAAAUCUUCCAGCAACAGUUUGUAUCCUCUAACAGAUUUUUAUUCGAAGCCCAUCCUGAAAUCAAGACCUUUUCUGUUUUAAUUAAUAUGUAAUUUAUUUAUUUUCCCCUUGGUCUGAAUUUUGUUCCAGAUGAAUGUAAAAUAGAAAACUCAGUAUUUAAAUAAUUGUGGAGUUUCUAAGAAGCCAAUACCUUACAAGAAAAUUUUUAAAAAAGUAAAACAGAGCACACUUCUGGGUGAAAUUGUGUCAUGCUAACUUAAUGCAUGUGGCGUUCCUGUUGAGUUUACUCGGUCACGGAGUCCGAUGCUGUGUACUGUUUAAGGUAGUAAAAGCUGAGGCCACGCUGGACCUGUUCUCUUCUUUUGAAUGUCACCAAUGUAAAAGAAAAAGAAAAAAAAUGUCAGCGUUCCCUGCUUUCUCUACAUUAUAGAAGAAUUUAACUCUUCUGUAACUGUGUUUGUGUUUAUGUGUAUAUAUGUGUACACACACACACACACACACACGCACAUACCUGUGCUGCUGGUGUAUUCUUCCCAGAUUACAAUCAGGAUUUGGCAUAUGAGUUUUAAAAAAUCAAUUUAAUGUAAUUGUUUGAACUUUGGAGUAACGAAUGUAUUAUAGGGAUAGUCAUAAAAAAGCAGGGAAACCAGUAUUAAACUAAACCAAGUGUACUGUAUCUUUAAUAAAGCCGUUAUUCUCUUGUCA